CUAAAAUGCCUUCAUAAUAAAACACUGGAAAAUGGCCGCGGGGACUUUUAUUGUGAAGGGCCCCGGAUGGCGCCCUCUGUCGGCGGCGGUGUGACGCAGCAGCCGCGCCGCUCUUCUUCUUCGCGUCCUCCCGGCGGCGGCAGCAGCAGUGUUCCCGCUCUCCUUCUAUUCCCACUAACACCGCCUCCAUUUUAGCACCGACACCAGGCGGAGCAGCAGCGGCUCGCAGCGGACCCAGCGGCCGGCGGAGGGACACCUUCCUGCGGCGGCGGCGGUUUGACCUGUUCGGGCGUGAAUCAGCCUUUUUGUGUUGCGGGAUGGCGGCGCUGCGGCAGGACGCGGCCGGGGCGGCGCUGCACUGCUGACGAUCUAACGGCUCGUUGUGUGAAACUAGCAGCGGUGAGGAGGAGCAGGUCGCCUCGGAUGGUCAGGUAUUCUGGGAGGAUGUGGCAGUGAGCAUGCUCAGAGCGCUGAUCGUUACCAUGGCGAUGUACAGCGCCGGCCAGGCGUGCAGCGGUCAGGACAACUGCUCCGCCCACAGCGAGUCCAAAGACUACUGCUACUCGGCUCGCAUCCGCAGCACGGUGCUGCAGGGGCUGCCGUUCGGAGGCGUUCCCACCGUGCUCGCCCUCGACUUCAUGUGCUUCCUGGUGCUGCUCUUCGUCUUCUCCAUUCUGCGGAAAGUGGCGUGGGACUAUGGCCGCCUGGCGCUGGUCACCGACGCUGACAGGCUGAAGAAGCGUUUCAGCGACCUGGAGGAGCGUGAAUACGUCGCCUCAGCGAUGCAUUCAGAGACGCCCGACCGCUACGAACGCCUCACCUCCGUCUCCAGCUCCGUCGACUUCGACCAGCGAGACAACGGCUUCUGCUCGUGGUUGACAGCCAUCUUCAGAAUAAAGGAUGAAGAGAUCAGGGAGAAGUGUGGCGAGGACGCCGUCCACUAUCUGUCCUUCCAGCGUCACAUCAUCGGCCUGCUGGUUGUAGUCGGCGUCCUCUCAGUCGGCAUCGUCCUGCCCGUCAACUUCUCCGGAGACCUGCUGGAAAACAACGCCUACAGCUUCGGACGCACCACGAUAGCCAACCUGAAAUCUGGGACGAACCUGCUGUGGCUGCACACGUCGUUUGCCUUCAUGUAUCUGCUGCUGACCGUCUACAGCAUGAGGAGACACACGUCCAAGAUGCACUACAAGGAGGACGACCUGGUGAAGCGCACUUUGUUCAUUAACGGCAUCUCUAAAUACGCCGAGGAGACUCAGAUCAAACAGCACUUUGAGCAGGCGUACGAGAACUGCACCGUGCUCGAGGCUCGUAUCUGCUACAACGUGGCCAAACUGAUGUCUCUGAACGCCGAGAGGAAGAAGACAGAGCGCAGUAAGAAGUUCUUCACCGACCUGAUGGCGAAGGAACACGUUCCCACCAUGAUCAACCCCAAACCCUGUGGACACCUCUGCUGCUGCGCCAUCACCGGCUGCGAGGAGGAGGAGGCGGUCAGCUACUACACCAAGAGGGAGGCCAAGCUGAAGGAGGAGUACAGGAAGGAGAAGGAGAAGGUCCACACUAAACCGCUGGGCAUGGCCUUUGUCACCUUCCAAAACGAGGCCAUGACUGCUAUUAUUUUGAAGGACUUCAACGCUUGUCAGGUUCAGGGCUGUCGGUGUCGUCAGGAGCCACAGUCCUCUCAAUUCAGCGAGGCUCUUCACGUUCACAGCUGGAGUGUUUCAUACGCGCCCGACCCACAGAACGUCCGCUGGGAACACCUGUCGCUGGGCGGCGUCUGCUGGUGGAUCCGCUGCUUCAUCAUCAACUGCAUCCUCUUCCUUCUGCUCUUCUUCCUCACCACGCCGGCCAUCAUCAUCUCCACCAUGGACAAGUUUAACGUCACCAAGCCUGUCGAGUAUCUCAAUAACCCAAUCGUCACCCAGUUCUUCCCCACUCUGCUGCUCUGGGCCUUCUCUGCUCUGCUGCCCACCAUCGUCUACUACUCUGCCUUCUUCGAGGCUCAUUGGACCAGGUCUGGAGAGAACAGGACGACGAUGCAUAAAUGUUACACCUUCCUGAUCUUCAUGGUUCUGCUGCUGCCAUCUCUCGGACUCAGCAGUCUGGAUGUUUUCUUCCGCUGGCUCUUUGAUAAGAAGUUCCUGGCUGAUGCCAAAGUCAGAUUUGAGUGCGUCUUCCUGCCGGAUAACGGAGCAUUCUUCGUCAACUACGUCAUCGCCUCGGCGUUCAUCGGGAACGCCAUGGACCUGCUGAGGAUCCCCGGUCUGCUCAUGUACAUGAUCCGGCUGUGUCUGGCUCGCUCCGCUGCCGACCGCCGCAACGUCAAGAGGCACCAGGCCUAUGAGUUUCAGUUCGGGGCAGCGUACGCCUGGAUGAUGAACGUCUUCACGGUGGUGAUGGCCUACAGUAUCACCUGUCCCAUCAUCGUCCCCUUCGGUCUCAUGUACAUGCUGCUGAAACACCUGGUGGACCGGUACAACAUGUACUACGCCUACCUGCCCUCCAAACUGGACAAGAAGAUCCACUCGGGAGCCGUCACCCAGGUGGUGGCGGCGCCCAUCCUCUGCCUCUUCUGGCUGCUCUUCUUCUCCACUGUACGCACAGGCUUUGAGACACCAACCUCCAUGUUCACUCUGGUGGUUCUGGUCGUCACCAUCGUGGUCUGUCUGUCUCACGUUUGCUUCGGACACUUCAAGUACCUCAGCGCUCACAACUACAAGAUCGACACCAAGGAGAACGACGUGGACGCCGUCGAGAAUGGACGUCCUUCUCGUCCCUCGUCCUCCCCCACCACCAAGUCUCAGCAGCAGCAGCAGCAGCAGCAGCAGCAGCAGAUGUAUAUCGCCCAGGUGCUCCAGGACCCAAACUCGGACGAGCCGGGCGGUGGCAGCGGCGAGGAGGACCGAGGGUCGUCCCAGGACGAGGAGAUGUUGAACGGAGGGAACAGCAUCAAUGAGGCGGAUUUUCAGUCAGGGGAGGACAGUCUGAUCGCCAACGAGGUCCACCAGUAGCUGGGGGUGGAGCUCGAGGCAGGGGGCGGAGCUAGUUGAGUGUCCAUACCCACACUCAACAGUUACAAAAUAAAGCUGACUGGAGAAUCACAACACAUAUGAACACACGUACAGAUACUGACACAGUUAGCUCCACCCCCUCCCUGCUCGAAGACUUGACCCUGACCUUAGACGCCGGCGCCGGGUCGCCAACAUCCAGUCCUGCACGUCUGUGGAAACUGGACAUCAGACUGUGUCCACAGGAAGCCACUGUACAUAACCACAAAGCCAAAAGUUUUCUUUUUGUUCUUUUGUUUUGUCUUUUUCUCGGGGUGGGGGCGGGGUUUAAAAUUCGUGCCUGGGCUGGAUUUCGUUCGUUCGCACACGUGUCUUGACUCCUGAUCCCACCGCGGGUCACCGGUACUCGACCCGUCAAGGGGUCAAAGCUGAUGCUGUCUUUUUCUUCGGCCAGGCGCACUGCUCCAAACGAACGCCAGCCGUUGCCGCCGUCCUCUGAUACUGGAGUGCUAAAUAAGUCGCCAACCGCCAGCUCUCGUAAUGGUAGAAGCCUCGCUUAUGCAGACGCAUCGCAGUCUCCCUUCUCUGUUCGCCGCCCUCUUUCUUUCUCUCUGUGGAAACAGUGGCUUGUGGAUUUUGCCGACAUUUUCAACACAUCAUCUGGAAGUUUUUUGGUUUUCUUGACCUGCCAAGCUUUGCUGCAUGUCGUUUAAUGUGCUGUCUGGAUUUGUGAUGUCGCCACCUCCGGACGAUGCCAUCAAGUGCAGCUCUGCCGUGACCAAUGAGCUCGCCAGAUUCCCACCCUGACCUCAGCAGCACAUCCUCCACCUGCCAGGUGAGCUUCACUGGUCAACCACUGGACUCGACACCAGACUGCUUUCUUUUCUUGGUCUUUGAUUUCACCUGAACUACCUUAAAUCGUGAAUACCUGACGAAGGGAACGGGAUGUUUUGUGUCUGUGUAGGUUCAGCAAUCAGAACUCUUUGUGAAGACGCUCCGACACUUCCAGCAGCAGCAGUCGUGUAGUUUGAGCUCGGUAGACGCAGAAGAGCAGCGCUUUUCGUCCGGACGGUCUACCCAUCACGCCUGAAGCUGUCGGGACUCUCAAAAGAAAAUGUUUCCUGUUUGUGUUUUGAACUCUGUGUGUGUGUGUGUGUGUGUGUGUGUGUGUGUGUGUGUGUGUGUAUAGUAUCUUAAUGUACACCAACCUGCUUCAUUAAGUGUUCGGCAACAUCACCAGGCAACCAAAAACAUUUGGCCAACGAGCUUCGGUGGUUGUCAGGCUUCUGUAGAAUCGGUUCAAAGUUUCGCUCAGCCUCUCCUGCGUUAGUCCCACAGCUGAAGCCUGCAUGUUCACGUUAUAUUUAGUCCAGCUGGAUUCACUUCAUGUGUCCACUACAGCGCAGCAGCUAUCUUAGCCUGCUAGCUUUAGCUCCAUCAACAGAGCAAACGGACAUCUUGAGGUUGAUUUACACGUUUCAUGAAGUUAAAGUUUAAGGGUCAUCAGUCCAUCCUACUUGGAGCCUAACGCCAGUCAACUGAAGCUAACUGGACUCAGGCUGAUAUCCAGGAUCGUUCAGAGGCGACUUGUUGCCGUUGACUUUGUGCUUCUCGAGAACCAAAAAAAAAAAAGUAAAUUGGGUCAUUUUGCUCCAAACACACACUCUGCCUCCUGCUGUGGAGGUUAGUGAUACCAGAGUGUGUGUUGGCGAACAGUGGCGGUCUGUUUUCAGCACCACGCCUGCUGGACAAAUGAGUCGUUCUAGAAAGCAUUGGGCUGGUUUCUGUUGGAAGCAGAGCAACACUGUUAGCUUACGAUUACAAAAGUUUGACUUUAAGAACAAAAUAUUUAGCCUCAGGGUCCAGUUAGCUUCUGUCUAGCUAACACAGCUAAGUUGCGUUGUGUUAGCCCACAUGAUGGUGAACAUGCUGGACAAUGAGCAACAUCAGUUUAUUUAAAAGUCGUGAACCUGACCGGCCAUCUUGCUCAGAACUAAACAUCAGGAUACCACGGACAUGUUCUCCAAGCAGAACUCUACUUCCUGGUUCUGCGACCCUCUGAGCAUGUGCGGUAGAUGUUACAUGAUGAUGUCACAGAUAUUUAAAUCUCUUCAUAAAGAGUCAAACUGAGCCUGUCUGCAGUUUUAAAGACGUCUCUUUUAUUAUGGAGCUCUGUGCAGAAUAUCCCUCCUGGGUCAGAGGAGAGUUUGUAGCUGUGGUACCGUGAGUGACCACCGGGCCGAGCAGGUCCGAUUAAUGGCUUCAUACCCAGGACACAGAAAAAGGGUUUAGCAUGAUAGUGGUGAGCUCACAAAUGACUGUCGUUCUUUUUAAGAAAGCAAGCUGUUUUCCUCAGAUGGAACUAGGCUGGCGGUGCCUGGAGAUGGAUGUUUAAGGAACAUUUAAUCUAAAAAACAAUUUGAUAAUCCCCAAUUCCCAUGAUGCUUCUGGUGUCUGAUGCCCGGGCCUGAUUGGACGAUUUUAAUGGCACCUGCCAUCCAGUCACAACCUGGUGUCCGUGCUCCCUGCUGUUCACUACACGUUCAGGUGUGUGUGGUCAUCCUUGAGGCCCCGCCCACUGAGUUUCUGUUGCUACCUGUCAGUCUGUCAGUUCGCAGCGACGGCUUUACGUUCGGUUUCAUUUUAAUUUGUGAAGCGGUUCGUCUCUGACAUCACACAGGAACAGGAAGUGGACCCGGCUGGCAGCAGCGUCAUCAGGACGCCACGUUUAAAAUGUUUAAAACACAAAGUUUGAAACGUCUCAGGUUUCUCCUGAAUAAUGUUUACAUCAGCUUGAGUUGCUCAUU